AUGGCCCGCGGUGCCCGCACCGGCCGCCCUCGCAUUAUGCGUUCCGGAGGCUGGGGGUCCCCAGGGGCGACGGUAGGAGCCCGGGGCGGUUUCUGCCAGAGCGAGGGACCUGUGGCCUCACCUCAGACUAAGGCACCCGCCACCCGUCCAAGUCCGGAACUGCGCGGCAGGGGUCGGACCCGGGUCCUCACCUUUCCUGGAGGGGCUGUGCGAGGUUCGGCUCCCCUGCGCGGGAAGAGAAGCGUCGAGCCGGGUCUGUGUGGCCUGGACUGCGCCGGUCACUCCAUCUUCGUCCAGCGGAUCGGGUGCGCCUUUUAUGCGGGCUCGUGCGAGGCGAGGACUGCUGGUGGGCCAAGCUAG